AUGGCCGCCUUCAUCUCUUAUCAACCUCCAGAAAACACUCCAUCGUUCGGUCAUGACACCAUUACCAUUUCCGCCUCGGCCGACCCUCGUGAUUCAGUCCCGAGCUGGCCAGACGGGCAGUAUGCUGAAUGGACGUGGCCUGGUUGCAGUGUGGAAUUCGUGGAUCUAACUGGCCCCAGCCGUCACGGUGAGAUUCACGAGCCUUCGCCGGCUCUCGAAAUUCUGGAGUUAGCGAGGCGUGAUAUCAUCUGGCACGGUGCCCAAGGUGCUAGUAACGCUAGUGAUAACGUCAGUGACGCAAAUGAGCUUUUAACUGUCCUAGAGAUCUUUUCGAAGGCUGAGGAGCAGUUUAGGGCUAAGAAGCAACUGCCGCAUUCUCGACCUGCUCGCCUUCGUGUGAUCCUCGCAUAUAGCCCAUAA